CCAGCUGGCCAGCCCAUUAAAUUAAAUAAUUUAAAAUUAAAAUAAUAGUGAAGCCCUAACCUAAUGCUACCUACCUUCACAGCUUCACUUCAGUUCUUUAGCCUAACCUAAUACACAUUCUGUCUCUCUUAACGAACGAUGGGCGGCGGCAAGUCAGCCACAACGAACGACGAAUCCACUAAAUAUGCUGGUGCAUCCAAUUCUUUGAAUGAUGAAGGUCCCUCAUGGGCUCCUCUAAGUGAUAAUUACAUGCUGACUAAUCCCAAGUUAAAGGACUGGGAUAAGAAUCCGGACACAACUGUUGCAGACGAUGUUAGGAUGUCAGCUGAUUCGGAUUCAUCUGAUGAUGAAUCAGUCCAGUGAAAGUUUGAUGUUCAAACUAUCUGCUUCAAACAUAGUGGGAUGCGAAACACAUAUCUUUAAUGCAGGGAAGUGGAAUUCCUAGGCAUAUUCAAGCUAAUGCUGGAGAAACUUUCUGAUGUACAGAGAUCCUCCUGUUGUUAACUGACGUAAUUUUGUUAUUAAAGAGAAGCUUUAUGAGCUGGCUUCUGCAAUCCUCUUUAAGAUACGAGGUUGGAGAGAUUAUUUUCGAGUUCUCUUCAUUUUUUAUCCAUUCUUCUGCUAAUAUGGAUAUAUAUACUGGUGUUUGAAAUGUCCUAGUAUUGCAUUAGGUUGAUUUUAGCAUAGUGAAAUCACGUCGCAUAGUCUUGUGUUCUCAAGAUAGUUUUACCUAAGACAAUUCAAGUUUAGAAUUUGUUUAAUCUUGUUGCAACUUGAAAUCUGAAUACUCAUCGACCAUCUUUUGUUUCUUCCAAUAGCAAAAUGUAUAAGUUUUAUGUA